UAUAUAUCAAGUAAGAGCGCAUACUCCAUUCUCUUCCUCCACUCUUUAUUUUUAUCUUCAUACAAAUUGCCCUUAUUUCUAACACAACGCUUGUUCCCUUACACUCCGACGCGUCACCUCGUUUCUCCACCGUCAAACAUCCAUACAACCCCUACCUCAAAUCACCUGAAACCCACAUAAAUCAAUGACGUCGGCAACGACACUGAUCAAGAGACCCACCGUCUUCUCUGCUCUCUUCUCCCCUCUCAUCAAGCCUCUCCGCUCACCCUCUGGCGGUGAUGAUUUGUCAGUCGCCGUCGACCGUCGUCCUGAUCGCCGUCCCAGCAUAUUUCCAGAUGUGUUCGAUCCAUUUUCACUGACGAGGAGCCCGAGUCAGGUCCUGAACCUGGUCGAUCAGUUCAUGGAUACCUCAUUCUUCCCUGGAGGAGUGGCAAUGGGAGCGCCGAGUAGGCGAGGAUGGGACGUGAGAGAGGAGGAUGACGCCUUAUACAUGCGAAUCGACAUGCCGGGAUUGGGGAAAGACGAUGUCAGAGUAUCAGUGGAGCAGAACACGCUGAUCAUCAGAGGGGAAAGCAAGAAAGAGGAAUAAGAGGAGGAUGAGGAAGAGAAUGCAAGAAGAUACUCAAGCAGGCUGGACCUCCCUCCCAAUACCUACAAGAUCGACCAGAUGAAAGCGGAGAUGAAGAAUGGGGUGUUAAAAGUGGUAGUACCUAAACUUAACAAGGAAGAAAGGAAAGAUGUGGUUGAGUGAACAUACAAAAGCUAGCGUGUAUACUGCUCUGCAGUUGUGGAUUUGACCUUCUCUGUUAUUGUUUUCCUGGGUUUUUCAUGGUUGCUUUGGUAAAUAAAUGGUGUUUUUUAAUUCGAGAAAAUAAUUAAAUCAAUCAAUCAAUUUGCUUGGA